AUGAAAGUGACCGGGGUACUCUUGGCCAGCUUGGCCUCCUGCGCCGCAGCAUAUCCAUCUCGGGCGCAGAGCUCUAAGCCCCCUUUCUUUGUGUUGGCAGGUGACAGCACCACUGCCGUCCAAUCCGCAGGGGGUGGAGGUUGGGGUGAUGGGUUUCUCAACACAACUCUGUUCAACGGAGCAUCUGGUCGCAACCUAGGGCACAAUGGCGCAACCACUGUUAGCUUCCGCACGGGGGGUGACUGGGCCGAGGUCUUGGCUACAGUGAAAAAGUCCAAAGAUGCCUAUCGCCCCUUCGUGACAAUCCAAUUUGGACAUAACGACCAAAAGCCAGCAGCCAAUAUCUCAUUGUCGCAAUACACCAAGAAUCUCGAGGGACUUGUCAAAGAGGUCUUGGAUGCUGGUGCGACUCCGAUUCUGGUUACACCUCUGUCUCGACGAGGUUAUGAGACCCCAUCUGGCACCCCGCGCAUCGUACAGAACCUUGCCAACGAAACCGCGGCUACGAUACAGGCUGCUCAUUCGAUGGAUGUGAAGGUCAUUGACUUGAACAAAGCGAGUACUGAUUACCUCAAUGCAAUCGGGCCAGACAAUGCUUAUACUUACAACUUGAACCCUACCGACUACACCCAUUUGAAUGGACCUGGGAGUGUUGUAUUUGGGGGAAUUGUGGCCGAUCUGAUCAUUCAAGUAGAAUCUGAUUUGGCAAAGGACGGAUACCUGAAGGUUGAUAAGACACUCAAGAAGGACGUCAAUGAAGGGGUUUACUACUGGCCUUGA